UUACCAGAAUUUCAAGUUGAGAUAUACAUAUAUAUCUUGGCUGGCUUGUUUCUUGUUUACUCAAAGUCAAAGAUGAAGGCUGAGAAGGAGAGUAGAUCUGGAUCAUAUGCACUUCUGCUAGCAGCAAGGGACUCAGACUAUGUGAAGAAAGUGUAUGGUGGGUAUUUCAAUGUGUUUGUUGCAGCGUUUGGGGAAGAAGGAGAGAGGUGGGACUUGUACAGGGUUGUAGAGGGAGAGUUUCCAGGCAUGGAUGACCUUCAAAGCUAUGAUGGCUUCGUCGUCAGUGGCAGCCCGUAUAAUGCUUAUGGCAAUGACUACUGGAUCAUGAAACUCUGCUUUCUCUUGCAAACUUUGGAUGCCAUGGAGAAGAAAGUCCUCGGAAUUUGCUUCGGUCAUCAGGUGUUGUGCAGAGCACUUGGAGGAAAGGUUGGGAAAGCUUAUACAGGGUGGGAUAUUGGGCUGAGGAAAGUGAAGAUAGUGAAGGACUUGGCUCCAUUCAGCAUCCUUAAUUACUUGGACGACAUGCCGCCUGCGCUUUCCAUCAUUGAGUGCCACCAAGAUGAGGUCUGGGAAGUUCCUUCAGGUGCGGAGGUGAUUGCGUACUCGGACAAAACAGGUGUGGAGAUGUUCACCAUUGGAGGCCACGUUCUGGGCAUUCAAGGUCAUCCUGAGUACAGUAAGGACAUUCUUUUAAAUCUCAUCGAUCGCCUUUUCAACAGCAACUUCAUAGAGAAAGGUUUUGCUGAAAACACAAGGUCUGCACUGCAAUUAGUUGAACCAGAUAGGAAGUGCUGGGAGAAGAUCUGCAAGACUUUUCUCAAGGGAAGAUAAAUAACCAUGCCAAACGUGCAUAUUGCGUGGUCUAAUUUGAACUCAAAGUGUAUAAUUAUUGAAGAGGAGGGCAUGAAAUAUUUACUAUAUAUUUAAUCAAAUGGUAAAGAAUCUAAUUUUCUGUUUC